GACCCACGUGUGAGUAGAACAUAACCUAGAAAAAGUACAUAGCCGAUGCUCCAAGUGUGAGAAAGUUCAUCUAAAUUAGUGUUUGUAAAUUUUUUAAUUAAAUUAAUAAUAAUUACAUGUGUUGAGCAGUAAAUAUUUGUCUAAUUUAUAAAAUAGUUAAUAGAGUAAAAAUGUGUAGUUUGAUAACUCGGAAACUUUUUAGCACGACUAAUUUUUAUAAAUCAAUAGUUGCAAUAAACAAAAAUGUUAAAUUAACGGAAAUUGGAGCCACAAGGUGUUUCGCGGAUAUUAAAGAGCCUAAAUUAGCAGAAAAUGAAUUAAAAACUGAUAAAGCAACCAACCUAUCUCCUUCCGCCGGACUGCAGACCGGUCACCAAGUGUUUCGUGAUGAAGAUUCAGAAGUUAUUUUUGACGUCGAGGAAGAAAUGAAGAAAAUAGAUUUCCAAAAAAUUACUGAGCUUGAACAGGAAAUUGAUCCUUUUGCAGGAAUUAAUUUAAAACAUGGUGUGACUGGAGUCUAUGACAUAGAAGACCUGGUCGACUUACUGAAUAAAGAAAAAGCUAAGGAUGUAUUUGUAGUAUCAGUACCUAAAGAAUUAGGAUAUGGUGAUUACAUCGUAGUAACUACUGGUAAAUCAUUAAAACACAUGAGCGCUUUGGCAACCGUUGUUAGAAAAGUUUAUAAAUUGAAAAGAUAUUCAACGGAUAUUAUUCCCAAGAUUGAAGGCGAAAAAUGUAAAGAUUGGAUGGCUAUUGACUUAGGUAAUAUUGUGCUGCACAUAUUUUCCAAGAAAGCUCGAGAGGACUAUGACCUAGAGACUCUCUGGGCAAUCGGUUCUAAAUAUGACAAAAGAACAAAUGAUCAAAAGGAAAUGAGUCUUGAAUUUGAAGAAAAGUACAAACAAUUCCUUGAUACUCUGCAACCUAAUGAUCAGCCUAGUACUAGCGUCAAUUCUAAAUCUAUUUAAUUUAAUAAUUUUAUAAGUUUAUUAUACUAAAUAAUUUUCUUACAACUCAAUAUUUUUUUUUCGAGUUCAAUAUGAUUUAUUUAAAAAUUUGUAUAAUAAAUAACACACGCUCAGUUUGAAAUUAUUCAUUUGGUAUGUCUGUAAAUAUUUUAAUUAACAAAGUACGAAGGAAAAAUUUUUAAAAUUAAACUUAAGGUAA